GUAUUGCAAGGACUACAUUACGCGGGUCUCCAGGCUCUCGGUGGGGCCACGGCCUUAAUACUUGCUGUCUUUCUUGUCCCCCUUCUCCGCUACGUCGACCGUACCACCACCACAUUCUUUACAGUACCGUCACUUCUGCGUAUAAUGUCCGGGUACAACCAAGUUUGUCUAGCUGGUCUUGACACUAUGGUUCUGCAUCUCCACAAUAAUUCCCUGCCACCGAGUCCGUCCGAGGAGGGUCAGAAUACGAGCUCAUAUAUAGCCAUUACCUGCAAUACAGCGGGUAUCAAGGGCGCCUUCAAGACCGCCCGUCCACCUCUCGGUGAUAAGACACCAAGUCUGAACACGGCCGUCUUUUCGACGCUCCCGCCUGACCUGUACCCUGCGAGCUUUGACGGAGUCGGAACACCGAAAACACCGGCGACCACUAUUCCUGGCCGUCUAUCAAGGCCUUUUCCGAUUAUCAUACAGAAGGCGCUGCCCGAGCUACCCAUUCCUUCUCCGACAGAGGCUGCUGCAGUUCCUAGUCCAGACUCCAAACCCCUUCCCUUGCCGCCAAGCCCGUCUUCGACUGACUCCCCGCGCCCUCAGCCCCCUUUAUCAGCUACGGCUGACCUUGACCGCGAGAUCUCUCCUGACGAACACGAUGUUGACAUCCCACCCCCGGUGCCCUCCAAAUCUCAGGAGAUCCAUAACGAGCCGUACGACAUCCCCAUACCCGAACACCCAAACAGUCCUUAUGUACCCUGGCCGUCACCUGUCCGUAGGCGAAUAGUCCACCGUAAACCGAGUCACGCGUCAGUGGCAUCUGGCUCAUGCUCCGCGGUAACAAUACGCCGCAACUCGUCUACGUACACGCGUAGUGGUGCGCGAGCACCGGAGCCACCGGAACUUGAUGACCAGUAUUCAGUCGUCGGCGCGCCGUCAUGUAUGGAUGGGAUCAAAGGGAAGGGGAAAGUGCAAGCGCUGAAGCUGAAGCGCAGCUUCAAGAAUCUGAAGCGUGCCGUAGCGAAGAAAGUAUCGAUCUUGUCCAAGCCAAUUACCCAGUUCCACUGCCACCACGGACCUCGCUCCGACACACCUCCCAUGCCCUCUUAUCAAGGUACUCCGCCUGUACUUGAUAUCAGAGCGUUUACGCCGCCCUCAUCCGCUUCCGACCUAUCCGUUGCGUCUCACCCUUCAUCAGCGGGCUCUAGGUCUCUUGCCGAGUGGCUGUCGGAGCGCCGUAGGGAAUCUCUCGAGCUCGACCUUGAAAGGGAUGAGCAGGAAGAAGAUGGACGGUGGGGCAUGACCCUAGAUGAGUAUGAACGGAACGGGAGCUGGCUGGAACUCCAGGGGGAUGAUGGUGAAGACGACGCCGAGGACAGUGUCUUGGACGGCCUUACAGAAGAUCUCGUUUCACCCCUGAAUUUCACGGAGGAGAGCUACUUCGACGGCGCGGAGUCGGAAGCGGUAACCCCCAUCUGCCAGGGAUACAAGGAACGGCAACGAAGCCCCGACUCCGCCGGUUCGGGCUCGUCUUCCUUCUUGUUCCGCCCCUCCUACGUGAGCUUGCGGAGGUGCGAGUCUAUGCCGGCGUUGCCUUCGGCUUCACAGGAACCCACUCGUUCCAACGAGACAGUUGUCCCGAAUGCUUCCAUCACCUUGACCAAUGGUCUAUAUCUCGACAGCAGCUAUGCAUCUACCGAUGGCAUGCUAGUUGUGCGACCGAAGAUUCAAUGGAAGGAUUGAAUGGGCGGGCUUGCACCUGACUCGUAACCUCGGAUCUCGGAAGAUUGCCAGACUCGUCACUUACCACAGCAGAUUGGAACCCCCUCUGCCCCUCUCAAGAAGCCGGCUCGUCAAACAGCACUCGCGCACUUUCUUUACAAUCAAUAGCGGGAAACACCCAUUCACCCUUUCAUUAUUGAUCACUUCAUUUGUAUCGCUCAACGGACCUCGCAAGCAUUGUACUUCCAACACGUCGACAUACCUCAUACCCGGGAACCCCAUACCUCGUCACUGUCAUUCACUUUACAAAUACUGUACCACCUAAUCACCAGCCGGGAGACCGGCUG